CAUGUGUCGUAUCUAAAUUACACAACACGGAAAGUUUGUUGUUGUAGACCUGGUUUGAUAUUCAAACAGAAAGUCGCAAUUUUCAGACUUAAAAAAAUAAAGCUGGUAAAUAUUCAACUGUGAAACUGUUUUAUAGUUAGUGAGUCCAUUCUUAGAUAUCCGGAUAUAGGAUGGCGUCAGCAUCCCCAGACAACAGACAGCGUGCAUUUCUUCGCUACGUCUAUAGACAGCGCUGUGUUAUCCCGAUGAGCGAAGCUGAAAAACUGACAAUAGAGCCUGGCAUCAGGCAAAUGCUGGGACAUAUAGUGCAGAGAGUCGGAGAGAAAAAUCCUGUCUUUAAAAUAUCAGAUAUUCUUUCAUCAGGAAGCUUCUAUGAAGGAACAAAAAUUAGAAAUUUUGAUGAAUUUGACUUCAUGGUCAUUUUGCAGAUAUUUUCAGAACCUGAUAGAAUUAAUAUUCAAAAGGGAUGUUCGGACUGGUACACGAAACUCCAACUGAAAACAGACCAAAAGGAAAAGCUCCAUCCAUAUAUGUGUUAUUGUACUGGUGUAAGCCUUUAUACUGAAACAUUUUACAAUAGAUAUGAGAAUUACUUCAGAAAUCCAAAAGAUUUGAUUUCUAGUUUCUGGAAUACUAUUUCUGAAGUUACAGAGUCCAACUCUUUUCAUGUGGACAUACUCGAAGGGACCUUAAAGCCAACAAAAAUUGAGAAAGAAAAACUCCCACUUGUGUAUGUUAAAAGGAGUGGUGUAUCAGAUUUGAAAUAUGAUAAAUAUAGCGAAACUUUGGUUAAAGUUGAGAGAACACAUAUUGGUGUUGAUUUGAUGAUGGCAUUGGAACAUCCCUACCCUGCAGUUGUUAAUGAUCUGCCGGGUUUUCCUUCUGAAUUUCAGGAUCUACUCUUAAAGCACGGCUGCCAUAUCAUUACUAAAUCUUGUCACGUCGAUCACUCCCCACACCCAUCCUGCUGGUUUAUCUCUUUCGCACGAAUGGAGCUUGAGCUAAUGAAAAACAUGGAUGAACACCAUAAGUACUGUUACAAAAUAUUAAAAGCACUUCUCAUUGAAGAAAUUAAUUUGUCAGGAAAGUGUAUGAAUUUAUCUUCAUAUGUUUUGAAAACAGCUUUUCUAUUUCAUGUUUAUGAUGAUAAAUGCACCCAUUCUCGCCUGGACAUUACUUGUAUAAACAGUGUUUUAGACUAUAUGUCAUCGUGUUUUCACAAAAUUCGAAUGCCAUGUUUCUUUGCAAGAGACAUGAACGUCUGGGGCCACGUCUUAAAAUUCCCAUGCUUUGGGUGGGGAUGGCCAGGACUUUCUUUAAGUGGUGGUCGAUAUCAAAAGUUUGCCCUGUUGUGGAUAAAGUUCUGGUACAGAAUCGUUCAGUUUGUCAAAUCAACUCUUUCGGAGGAAAGGAUCCCUAAAAUGGAUGGUUGGAUCUCUGUUUUAGACAAAUUUGAUUACACGAAAAAAACAAUUUAUUAUUUAAUUAAUAGGUACUUAAGUAAUGAGGAAGCCGUAAAGGGCGCACUCACAAUUCAGGAACUGGCGGAAGUUAAUCUGGAUUCUUGCUCUGAUGAAGAUUUUGCUACAUAUAUCAAGGAAUUGCAGAACUAUUACAAUAUUAAACUGGAUUUCUUAUUGACUGAAAAUAGAAAUUGAAUAGAAACAAAUGUUAACCAAAGAUGGAAUCAUGACGACAUGUGGAAAACUGACAAACUUCUUUAUCAGCUUGCUUUUGUUUCUCUUGAAGCAAAGCCUAAUAUUUUGAAGCUGUUUUCACUUUUGGCAAAAAAUAUGGAAAUAAUGAACAAUAUUCAACCUUAAAAGUCCAUUAGAA